CUUGCACAGCACAACAUGUGAAAGCCCAAAUCACAACCCCAUCUAAAUAAUUCUAGAAACCUCUUAUCUUCUUCAUAAAACCUCCCCAUUCACUGGUGAACUUUCUAGGUUUUAGCUAUCAUCUUUCCUAACGAAUCCUCCAUUGUAGCUACAUAGUAGUUACAUUUUCAAUUGUUGACUAAAAGUUUGGUAGCAAGAAAUGGCUGCUGCACAGUUGACUUCGGUUGCUUCCUCGAUUUCCACGAAAGGGUUUUGUUCGUUUGAUGGUUUGAAGGCUUCGAGAGCUGGAAAUGUGUCGCUGUUAUCGCCCAUGAAGCAAAAUGGGCUUUCUCUCAGUUCAUUUCGUGGACUUGUCGUGAAGGCUGCCACAACAAUUGCUCCUAAGUACACGUCUCUCAAGCCAUUGGGUGACCGUGUUCUGGUUAAAAUCAAGACAGCUGAGGAGAUGACGUCUGGUGGUAUCUUACUACCUUCAACUGCCCAGUCGAAACCUCAAAGCGGUGAGAUUGUUGCUGUUGGUGAAGGUCGGACAAUUGGAAAUAGUACAGUGGUCAUUAGUGUUAAGACGGGUACCCAAGUGGUGUAUUCCAAGUAUGCAGGGACUGAAGUCGAAUUCAAUGGAGCCAACCAUCUCAUAUUGAAGGAGGAUGAUAUUAUCGGCAUUCUUGAUACGGAUGAUGUGAAAGAUAUGAAGCCUUUGAAUGAUAGGGUUCUCAUCAAGGUGGCUGAGGCUGAAGAGAAAACUGCUGGUGGUUUAUUCCUUACAGAUGCAAGCAAGGAGAAGCCUUCAAUUGGCACGGUGGUUGCUGUUGGACCUGGUCCACUUGAUAAGUCGGGCGAGAGGAAGUCAUUGUCGAUUUCUCCAGGAAGCACGGUUUUGUACUCGAAAUAUGCAGGCAAUGAUUUCAAGGGCAAUGAUGGGUCCAACUACAUUACCCUAAGGGCAUCGGAUGUUAUAGCUAUUCUACCUUGAGUGUUCCUGCAUUAGUUUUGCCCGGGAAAGGUUAUUGAUGAAGUCACCUUUGAAACUUAGGAUUGAGUUUGUCGAUAAUGGAAGAUUCACAAGAUUCUUCAAGGGUCUCUGUGAUUGGGUUUUUGGGAAGGCUUGCCUGUAUUUUAGUUGAAUUGUUAGGACAAUAAAUUCUUAUAAAAUGUCACUUGCUACUUAUCAAUCUAUAUCCAAUUACACCCUUAGUCUCCGUUAAUAUGCAAAUUCCACAGUUAUGACUCUAGACGUGAUAAUACAUCAUGUUUAAACUAGCAAAUGCCAUACAAUUUUCUCCUUGAUUUGUUCUUCAAACAUCAGGCACGGAAAAGAAAGAACAAAAGGAAACCUAGGAGACCUUUCUGCAUUUAAACACAAUUGAUAUACACCAACCAGCCCAUUAUACAUGGUGCUUGGGCAAGAGUGAGUUCAUUUACAAUGUGCAAUAGUUAGAAAUACUAUAUUCUCAACAGUGGUCUUUCGAGCACACACUUUCCGAAUUGCUCAGACUCACCGCUUCACAAAAGAUGAACGAGAAACAGAAU